AUGAGAGGAGGACGGGAGCCCUCGGGCCCCUGGAUCCUGGGGGGCUGUGUCUGUGUCUCCCGGCAGGAGGCAGAGCAGGAGCUGUUAGCACGAGUCCAGCCCACCCUGGGCUCCGUGGGCCGAGGAUACAACGUGGCCCUGCUGCUUCGGGGUCGAGAAACGGAGGCACCUCGCCUCGUGCCUCAGCUGCUGCAGAUGCUGUUUGAGGAAGCUCUGCCUCCUGGGGGCUCUGAUCUUGUGUUUAGCACUCUUAGCUUGGUGCAGCUCAGCCCCAGCGGAGGGACUCAGGACCUGCUGUCCCCAGUGGCAGAGCACUUUUCGGUGCUGGAUGUGGCCCCUCUAGGCUUGGUGGUGGAAAACGCCACGGAAGUGGAGGUGUCUGAUUCAAGAGCUGCCACAGAACUGUACUUGCAGGCCACAGUGGGUGAAGGCAGAGACUGCCCCCUGCUGCAGGUGUUGGCUGGUAAGGCAGCUGAUGAGCAGGCAGAGGGCUCUCUGCCCUGGAUUGUCUCAUGGCUCCUGGAAGGAAACAACUACAAGGGCAUUCUUCUUCGCCUGGACCCUCAAGGCAGCUCCCUGAGCUUGCUCCAGGCUGCUCUCCUGGGGGCCGCGGGAAGAAGGAUGCGGAUAAAACAGGUGAAGCCCACCCUGUGGGACGCGGCAGAGGAGGCCCGAGCCCGCCGGGCUGGCCUGAAGAGCCUGCGUUCAGGCCUCCUUGGGGUCCCGCUGACAGAUCGUGGACUCAGCCGGCUGGGCAGGGCACUGCGGGAAUUGCAGGUGGUGAAAGCCUGGAGCCGGCACCCAGAAGGCCGCUUGCCCAAAGGGGUCAGAGCUGAGGCUGCGGCGCAACCAGAAUCACAGCAUGUGGACUUCCCCCUCCUAAUAUCUUCUCGGCAGGCAAUAAAUUCGGAAGCAAGUCCAGGCCUCCAGGGAGAACCCCCAGUGGCAGGAAGAGCAGCAUCUCUAGGACCUGGGCUCCACCAAAAACAUACUCUCGGGGACUCUGAGGAGCAGGUCCCAGAUGUGGCCCUGCAGUUCCUCCUGGCCAAGGCCCGGAGGCAGAGAGUGCGAGAACAGCACCGACUUGGGAUCCAAGAGGAACUCAAGCAUUUGCAUCAGGAGGAGGCAGGUGACCAGGUCAAAGGCCUAGUGGCAGAAGAGACCUCCACGACUAGCCAGAGAUGGCACCGCGAGCAGGCAGCGCUGAGACUCCAGCUGGAGGCUCUUCGGGUAGAGCGCGACACUGCGGAGCAGGACCUCAUAGCCCUCUAUGACCUGCACGUGCAGGCCACUCGAGCUCAGACUUGCCAUCUGUUACAGGUGUUCCGAGCCUGGCGGGGGCUGUGUGAGGAACGGACCAAGACCACAGAGCAUCAGCACCGCCACCUGCUGGCUGACAUUCUGCAAGACACCAUCCACCUGGCAGCACAGAACCAGGAGCUCCAAGCCCAGAACCGGCAGCUGCGGCAGGUUGCAGACUAG